AUGAUUAAAACCCCGUCAGAUUUCUCCUCCUGCGAGAAAUUGAAUUCAAUGCAGCGUGCAUCUUCCACAAGGAUGAUUCACCUCACCGACAACGAUGCCGACACAACUGCACGUGUUUGGAAGGCUUUGAUGAUCUGUUUACAUGUCGCUACUGCCGCCAACAAGCCCCCUGAAGCCGAAUGUGUUCCCACCGUUACAGGCCCUGUUUGUUUACAUAACGUGAUGGGAAUUCGGCAGUUGGGAGGUGUUGUUGGGUGCAAGGAGGGCGGGGGGUGGGAGGGGCGCAACGCCUGGUCCAAAUGUCACGCUCCUCUGGGGCACGUGCAGUCUAACUUGGCAGCCAUGGAGACGCCCCUUGCAGUCAUCAAUCAGAUGUGA